CUCCUUGCCUUGAUGGAGGAGAAUGGCACUGUGGUGAAGGAGUUUGUCCUAACGGGGUUCACCGUGGGGGCUGAGGUGCAGAUGGUCCUCUUCUUCAUCUUUCUGAGUCUCUACCUCAUCAUCCUGGGUGGCAACCUGGGCAUGAUAUUUCUAAUCCAGAGGGACACUCGUCUCCAGACUCCCAUGUACUUCUUCCUCAGCCACCUGUCUUUCUUGGAUGUGUGCUAUUCUUCUGUCAUUAUCCCCCAGAUGCUUGAGACCUUGAAGACUGGUGGGACCCCAAUCACCUAUGAGCGAUGUGCCACCCAAUUCUUCUUCUUCACGCUCUAUGCCAGCACCGAGUGCUUCUUGCUAGCUGUGAUGGCCUAUGACCGCUACGUGGCAGUAUGUAACCCCCUCCUCUAUGUCACAGCCAUGACUCCACAAACCCGACUUGGACUGGUGAUGGGGGCCUAUUCUGGGGCCAUGGUCAACACCAUGGUCCGUACAGGUAUCACUUUCUCCCUCUCUUUCUGCAAAUCUAAUCAAGUGGACUUCUUCUUUUGUGACUUACCUCCACUGCUGAAGCUCUCAUGCACGGAAACUGGACUCCAGGAGUUGGUUGCUUCCCUCUUUGCCUUCGUAGUGAUCAUGACUAGUAUAAGCAUUAUUCUCAUCUCCUACCUGUUCAUCAUCAGGGCUAUACUACGCAUCCCCUCUGUUGGUGGGCGGGCCAAGACAUUCUCCACCUGUGUCUCCCACAUGACUGCAGUGGCACUCUUCUUUGGGACCCUCAUCUUCAUGUAUCUACGGGGUUACAUGGAUGAUACACUGGAGAAGGAUAAGAUCGUGUCUGUGUUCUACACAGUGGCCAUCCCUUUGCUGAACCCCAUUAUCUACAGCCUGAGGAACAAGGAGGUGAAGGAGGCUCUGAAGAAGUUAUUUAACCGAAUGAAGAUCUCUCAAACAGUGUGAUAUUCAAGUGCCAUCAGACUAGGAAACCUUUAAACAUCCAUCAGGCUUGGGAAAUAUUCCUUUAACAGAAACUCCUCAUCUCGUGGUUUUAACAAUAAUAGUGUUUCCAAUCCUGCCCCAGACACAUAUUGCUAUGUAACUCCAUACA